CUUUGCACUUGCCGUAUCAUGGACAGCACGAAUGUUGAUCGCCCUGGAAGCAGACCGUACAACUAGUGUUGCUGUUUUCAGGCUUAUUUAUAGUUUAAUUUAGAAAUAGCUUAACAUAUCUCCGUGCAACAGAACCUAUAUUAUGGAAUUUAACAGUGUAGUUAAGCUCUACCGGCGGUAAAAGACGAAUGCUCUUUAGCACAGGCUAGCCAACUACAGCUAGCUAACGUUAGUCGUUAAACCAUUAGUUCGAUGCCAUUUGGUCAGUCUGUCAUUUUUGUUUAUAGUCACGGUUACAUACUUAUUGUGCAACAGUAAUGUUAAAAGUCACGGUUCAGAACGCAGGACUAUUUGUAUUACUGUGGCUGCUCCUUGGAGAUUUUGUUCAGGGGUGGUUUCAAUACAACGUCAACACGCCACAGAACCGUCAGUCCGAGAAAAGUGCAUCCGACAACGAAGAGCAAAGCUGUUUUUGCCAAUUGACUGGUGUUCUGGACGACUGCUUUUGCGAUGUCGAGAGCAUCGAUGUCUUCAACAACUUCAAGGUCUACCCCCUCAUUAGGAAGCUCACAGAGAGAGACUUCUUCAGGUAUUACAAGGUGAACCUGAGGCGUCCGUGCCCCUUCUGGGUGGACGAUGGCCACUGCUCCAUCAAAGACUGCCACGUGGAGCCCUGCCCGGAGAGCAAGAUCCCUGUGGGAAUCAAGUCGGGCAACUACAACAAGUACUCCAAGGCCUUGAACGCCGUGGAGGACAUUACAGAGUGUGAGCAGAUUCAGAAUCUGGGCGCCAUCAACAGUACACUCAGCAACCAGAGCAAAGAGGCGUUUGCAGACUGGGCUCGCCAUGACGACGCCCAAGACCACUUCUGUGAGCUGGACGAUGAGACGGCUCCAGAGUCAGAGUAUGUGGAUCUGAUGUUGAACCCAGAGCGCUACACGGGCUACAAGGGCCCCUCAGCCUGGAGGGUGUGGAACAGCAUCUAUGAGGAGAACUGCUUCAAGCCCAGAUCAGUGUACCGGCCUUUAAACCCCCUGGCUCCCAGCCGAGGGGAUGAUGAUGGUGAGGCCUUCUAUAAUUGGCUGGAAGGCUUGUGUCUGGAGAAGAGAGUGUUCUACCGGCUUAUCUCCGGCCUCCACAGCAGCAUCAACCUCCACCUGUGCGCUGAGUAUCUGCUAGAUGAGGGCUGGGGCAAGGAGACGUGGGGCCCCAACAUGCAGGAGUUCCGGCGGCGCUUCGACCCGGCGGAGGCCAAGGGCGAGGGCACGCGGCGCCUGAAGAACCUCUACUUCCUCUACCUCAUCGAGCUGCGCGCCCUCUCCAAGGUGGCGCCCUACUUCGACCGCGCCUUCGUCAACCUGUACACGGGCAGCGCCCAGGAGGACACCGCCACCAAGGAGCUGCUGCUGCUGCUGCUUAACGAGACCAAAGCUUUCCCCAUGCACUUCGAUGAGAAGUCCAUGUUCGCAGGACACAAAAUAGAGGCCAAAAUCCUGAAGGAGGAGUUCAGGUUGCACUUUAAGAACAUCUCUCGCAUCAUGGACUGUGUGGGCUGCAGUAAAUGUCGCUUAUGGGGGAAGCUUCAGACACAAGGCCUGGGUACAGCCCUGAAGAUCCUUUUCUCAGAGAAGGAGAUCAAGAACCUUCAGGAGAACACCCCCUCCAAGGGCUUCCAGCUGACCAGGCAAGAGAUCGUUGCCCUGCUCAACGGCUUCGGCAGAUUAUCCACAAGCAUAAAAGAGCUGCAUAACUUCAGAACCUUGCUGGAGGAACAUAGGUAACAAUGGUCACAGUGGCCACCAGGUGGCGACAUUCCCCUCCUCUCUCCCCGAGUCAACCUUGCAAUAUUCUUACCUCCAGCCGCCCCGCAACACACAUACACACACAACAAGCAUCAGGCCACUUUCAGGAACUUGCAGGAUUGACGUCAGAGAAACAAUGGUUAAAAUAAAACAGCUAUAAUAACUGAAAAACAAGCAAAAAAUCGACAACCACCCAACCAAUUUCCCCGUCAUGCCAAGCUGUCGCCUGUGUACCCGCUGAUGUCUGUGCCCGCUCCAUGUGGAAAUAAACAAAAACAAAAGCAUCCCUUACAAAUAGCUCUCGGGCUUUUCAUAGAAGACGGCAAUAAGGAAAUAAAUGACCGAUAACAGCAACAAUAAGAAAACAGCAACAACAAGAAAACCACAACAACCACAAUGAAGAACUCGGAUCCCCUCCUCAAAGCAGCUUUUACUUCUGUGUGAGGUUGUUGCCAAUGCAGAUGACAGUGUUUUGUUAUUGUUUUCUUAUACUGUUGAUUUGUUUGUUUGGUUUGUUUUGUUUGUUUAUGGUGUUCUCUUGUCUUCCUUGGUAAGAGGGACAAUCCCCUCACUGUCAAGGUCUGAGUACCUCAUGUUAUUGAUUUAGUUUUGAUUAGUGUUUAUUUGCUUGCUUGUUUGUAUGUUUCUGGAUAAAGUAUACGCUAUCCGCUAUGUCUCUUGUCCUCAAGUGUGAGUGUGUGUGUGUGUGUGUGUGUGUGUGUGUGUGUGUGUCUCCAUGCGUCCAUGUCAUGGGUAUAUGUGAAGGCCAUGUUUGUAAUCACUGAAGUUUUUAGUCCAAUGCAGCAAAAUCUUUCUCUCUUUCUCUCUAUCUCUCUAUCUCGCUCUCUCGCUCUGUCCCUCAGUCUCUCUUUCUCUUUCUAUCACUCUCUCUCUCGCUCUGUCCCUCAGUCUCUCUCUCUCUCUCUCGCUCCCUCUCCUUGUGUCUGUCUCUCCAUCUUGUCACUGCCACGAUUGCUUUUCAGCAGCAGUUCAUUCAGUGGACUCCACUUUGCCACUUGCCUUCCUUUUCACACUCAAACAUAAUUCAUCAUCUAGUAGUUGUAGAACUCACAUGAUUAACAUGUGCAAUGCACAUGUGCUGUGUAGCUAUACAAGACAAGGAUAGAUGUUUCUGUUUUUAGUUGAUUAGUGGAAUCAGUUUUAAAUGAAUCAUGUUCUUCAUGACUUCUCAUGGAUACUGUUGCUAUGUUUUUGUUUAUUUUGUUUUUGUGUUGGGUAGUGCUCUGUUCUGGAAUCUUUGGUGUUGAGCUAGAGAUGGAUUGAGCUCUAAUGAGACUAUAUCCUACCCCCCCUGAAUGUGUGUGUGUUGUGUGUGUGUGUUUAUCCACACUCAAUCCUAGUUGUGUUUUUUGUUUGCAGUGCUAUACAACCAAUAGAAAACAAGCAAGUCAUUUUUGGUCAUCAUGAUGGAACUUAAGUGACAUUUUCUUCAUUUAUUACGUACAUUCCCGAUCUUGAUACACUGAAAAAUAUGUCCUUUAUUUUCCUAUAAAUAAUAGUUCUCAUGGUGUGCAGUAGUGAAGUUCGCAUGAGCUAGUCCGCUACUGCAAGGUCUUCCAUUAAGGCUGAAUUUAAAAAUAACAAUGAAAUAACUAUUCUACUUAUACAUACUUAAAUAAAUAAUAAAUAAACAAACCGACUGAAAGUAACUCCAGCAGAGAGUGAUUCAGACAGUCCUUGGGUGUCAUAUCUAUCGUUCCAAGAAAAGACCAGGAAACAAUAAAACAAAACACAUUAAAACAUUAGCCACACUCUUUGGAGCUGUAAGUGGAGCCAAGUGAGUCAAUCAUGGCACAGCCUUCAGAGAUCAGAGGAAACCAGCAUUUGGAGAGAGAUUUGUUUUUGCUAAUAAGGGAGAGAGGGGAUCCUGUGUUCCCCUGUGACUGUGUCGAUCCACUGUGGCUGUAUGCUAAUGCGUUUGCACUACCCACCCACCGCUUAGUUUCCAUUUUAAUGUUGCCUUUUUGUUUGUUCGCGUGUUUGUAGAGGUUAUUGUUGAAACCGCAGACGUACUGAAGGCGCGUUAGUACUCGUCUGUUUCUUGGCAACUAAAAUGAAUCACAUGUGUUACAAAAGGAAAAUCUUCAAUGGUUAUCAUUGAAAGUGAAUAUAAUGUUGAAAUGUCUCCGUGUGUGUGUGUGUGUGUGUGAGAGAGAGAGAGAGAGGAGGGAGGUAGAGACAGCAACUGUGCAUUGGGUUUGUAUGAGUUACAGUUUGCACCUGCGUGCAUCCACACACAUGCAUGUGUGCAUGUCUGGGUGUUUUGUAGGCCACACACACUUUUCGGUGUGUGUGUGUGUGCGUGUUUGUCUGGUUCCCUGCUGUGGUUUAACUACUGAUAGCGAGUGGCUUUUCUGUGUUCAGGACCAAAGACCGCUCCACUCUUCUCCGCUACGCUGCCUAUUUCCUUUAGAUGUCCGUCAGACCUUGCUUUAGCAUGUACCCCGGUUUGUGUGUUUGUUUGUUUGUUUGUUUGUUUUUUUUUUGGGUCUUGCAGUACAGCAGUCCUUUGGCAUUCCAAAAUAACUCCUCGCUCUAAUUUACUUGUGAUCUACAACUAGCUAAAAGGCCUGAUGUAACUUACAGUACUUAAUUAACUGAACCAAAUUCAUGUCCAUUUUUUGGCAAUGUAAAUCUCUUGAGAGUGAUCUGUUGUACAGUUAAGCAAACUUAGUCCCCCCCCCACAGCCCCCUCCCCAUCUGUGCCUCUAUAGGAGUUUAUAUGGCCAUACCCCCUGCCUAUCCCCUCCAGCCAUUCUGCUCCACUAAUCCUCCAGCUUGACUAGCAGGCAGCGAGUGAGUGUGUCCGAUGCUCACCACCCACGUAAGUCAGUUUGCAGAUGAGUUUGGAAGCUUGUCGCCACACCACAAUGCCAAAAAGGUGUUAACUGUCGAGAUUCUCAGGUCUUGUGUGAGAUAGAUAGAGAGUGAAUGAGUGUGUGUGUGUGUGUGUGUGUCUUUGAUGGAGUGAGAGCAUUGCAUGCUUUCAGCAGUCUCUGAAACACACCUUGUCUUGUGCACUCAUCUGCCUUAACCGUGUGCUUAAAAUAAAAUCUAUAUAUAAAAAAAACAACAAAAAAACAUAAAUAAAAACAUGCUCUAGCCUGCUUUUCCUGGACUAACCGCCGGACCCUUCUGGAGCUUGUCUGCCUUUGUUCCACAGUGUCCCUCCUGUCCGCCUUGCUGGGAACACGUCAGUUUAAACUAUUGAGCCACAAUAGAUGUCCCCAUUUCUUUGUCAGAGAAGAAAAUAAAAGCUUUCUUUUUUC